GAAUUGUUCAGAGCAAUAUUGGUGGACUUUUCAUCACUCAAGACGGAUACUGUAUCACAUUUUAGUUAUUAUCGAUAACAAAACAAGCUUACAAUAUACCAAAACGAUAUUGAAUCCGAUGGUUGUUUACAUGUUAGGGAAGGAAGGCCAAGGGGAAUAAACUAUUCGGAAUCUUUAAUUUACGAUGUUGGCUUCUCCUUCGCCGUGCGAAACAUAUCGAGUUGAAAUUUAACUGUACGCCCAGUUGUAAGUGAAGUGCUCCAAAAACUUAGACAAACGGAGCGCCAAAGGACGAAGACAAGCAGCUGGAAUUUCCUUUGUUAUUGGCUAGACAUAUCUGCUGGCGUGCAUCGGAUAAUGCUUAGGCGGCGUUCUCCACAAAGAAACGAAUCGUGCACUGCCGAACUAAAUGGUAAAAAAUCACGUUCUUAAUCCCAGCGGACGUGCGAGGGGGGAACGACGGAAAAUGAAUCAUUUCACUCACCUAAGAGAGCUUUUGUUGGUUUGGAUUGGCAUACUGGCAAGUAAUACUCUUUACGGAAAUGGAACUGUUACCUGUCCCGGUGGACGAAACUUAACAGCUUCUGAGGGGAUUUUAAUGAGUCCAGGCUACAGUGAAACACACUAUCCCAACAGCACCGUUUGCAUCUGGGUGAUAACUGCCCCACAACACUGGAAAGUGAAGCUCAUGAUCAAUUCCGUUGACCUCGAGUACUGCGCUAUGUGCAGUUGUGACUAUGUUGAACUCAGAGAUGGAGCAAAAGCCAGUGGCCCUCUUAUUGGCAGAUAUUGUGAAGCUAAGGCGAGCACUGUUUAUUCCGAAGGACGGCACAUGUGGGUCAAAUUCAAAUCAGACAGAGAGAAUGAGGGACGAGGAUUCCUCGCGAAUUACACUUUCAUUAAAUUAAGAAAGAAGAAACCAGUUAUUCUGAAAGCAAAUAGAACGUCUCAAUUCAUCACUAGUUCAAAGAAUCCAACCGUGUGUGGUUCCGAUAGACAAUGUACAUGGGUAAUUACCGCUCCUGAAGGUUUUCAAGUGCAGCUCACAACGGAAUCAUUUGUCUUCCUCUCUUGUCUUGGAUCUUUUAUUGAGAUCAAAGACGGUCCCACUUGUUCAAGUCCAAUGAUUGGAAAAUUCUGUGGAAAUGAGAAGCCUCCACUUGAGAUCUGCUCUUUGGGAAAUAGUUUGUGGAUAUCAUUUAAGUACAAUUCUACCAGAGAUUUGGAAAUGAAUCGAUUUGAGCUGAUGUACAGAGCAACACGGGCUAACAUUACGCCACAAAGAAAGUUUUACGACGAACAGGCCAUCAACUCUGAUCACUGGAGAAGUAUGGCAGUUGGAAUCGCCUGUACGAGUUUCUUCCUCUUUGUGAUAUUAGUAGCGUGCUUCCUAAAGAUAGCAAGCAAUCGCCGCUUUGCUGGGUUAGAGCAAACAACGUCACAAACUGAGCUGAAUCCAACAGAUUCCAUUGUAGAAUCUACUUUCUCUAACGACAUCAAUGAGUCUCUUCUUGAAUAAAUCACGACAACAUUUAGAACCAUAUCAUACCAAAGAAAUACUACAUAGAGCUAGAAAGUAUUAACAUAACAUAAAUACUCCAUCAACUCAGGAAAGAUGUGUGACAAAUUGGAUAAAAAAUCAAGAGCUUCUUAAAUGGGAGAUUAUUCCCUUCAUUCUCAUGACCUUAAUGUGUGAUUCAGGCGUGAUAUUGUAAGGAGAAAUUAGAUGCUAGUCACUCUUAACGGCCAAAGAGUUAAAGAAAAAGUAUGCCCCAGAAGCCAUAAAGAUUUAGUCCUUCAUUAAAAGGACUAUUUUUACAAGUUAUCCUCAGAUCUAGAUCAUGUUUACAUUUUAAGUCAGGUUAGCAAUGUUAUUACUGUAAUUUAUAAGUGUAUGUGCCAUUAUUAGUGAGUGAAUUGGCGAUUGCUAAUAAAAGAUUUUUAAUAAGUAGCGUUACAGCUAAAGCAGAGAGAGAAUAGCAAGCAGAAUUCCUUUUGUAUACGUCAAAUUAUGGAGUAAAAAGGUGAGGUUUGCACUCUUGACCCACCCGUUCGAAGCUUAUCCUGGUCUCCAUUUAGCAUGAGGCAACCAUGAGUAUUACUUCCCCCUGGAUGGGUCGCCAGUCCAUCGCAAGGUCCCCCCCCCCCAGUAUUUCAUCAGGCUUCCCUGAAAAUUCGCCGGUACCCAUUUUUAUUCCUGGGUAGAGAGAGGCAUGGUGAGAGUGUUGUCUUGCUCAAGAACACAACACAUUGACCUGGCCAAGUCUCGUACCCAGAUCUCUCGACUUGUAGUUUACUGAAUUGACCGUUAGUCUACUGCUCCUCCCACGUAACUUAUACACUAUAGGACUAUUCCAAAUCACGUACUGUAAAAUUAUUAUCAUUAGCAUCAUUUGGUAAUUUCUGUAUUGUAAAGAAAGUGAAGGCCAUUAUUAUAUUUUUUCUUGAUGUCGUUUGUUGUAAGUAACGUCCCGUAAUCAGGUGAUCGUAGGCAUUGUGCUGUGAAUAGUUUAUCAGUAGUGUAUAGUACGGUUCCUCAUUUUUAAUAGAAUCAAUA